UAAACGUUCUGAUGUAUAAUUUUUCAAGGUAAUAUUAUAUUUAAGACUCAGUUUUUUUAGUUUUACAAAGUAUUUAUUUUCAAUAAAAUGGAAGAUUUAAACACGACACCUAAUGAUAAAUGUCGGAAUUUAAAUGAAUUGAAUUUAGAAACAAAGCCCGGAUUAAUAGUAAUCAACUCCUAUUUAAAUCAAAUAAAUCCAGAUUUGAAAGAUGUUCAAUCUGAAAUUAAAGAAGUUGUUGGCAAACAAAAAUCACUUAUAGAUGCUAUGCUCAAAGAAAAUGAAGAACUAUCUAAUUUAUUAAAUGAAUCAGAAGUUCAAAAUAUGUUCUCAUCCAUUAAACAUUGCCAUGGACAGUUGGUUGAAUUAAAAAAAAAACUCAUGUUUUUACACAAGAAAACUCUGACAUUAGAAAAAAGAGCUAAUGUUUUGCGCGUGGCCAAACAAAGAGAAGCAUUACAAAGAGAACAUCAGAAAGAAUCAAUGUUGGUACGGGAACAAGAACUUAUAUCAAAACAGUCAUAGAAUUAUGCACUUUUAAAAGAACAGAGAUAAUUCACAUUCAUUAUUUACACAAUAUUUACUGAUUUAAAUUAACUUAAACUCUGUAUAUUAUUUUUAAGUUGCAUAAAAUUAAAAAUAUCUAGUUUGUUAAAUGUUUUAGAUUUAUUAAACAUUUAAAGCGAUAAUAUUAUAUUUUAAUGUACAACUAAAUAUAAUGUUUUUGUUUGAAAAAGCAUAAUAUAUUAUAAUUUAUAUUGUAAUCCAAACAAUUAUUAUUGAAUGUAUAAUAUACAGAAUGGAACUAAAAGAACUAUCAAAUGUAAUUAAUCAACCAUCUUAUGACUUUUGUUAUUAUUCAUCUUAUGGCAUCAAAAAAAAAUGCAUAGCAUCACAAUUAUACUAUUAUUAACCAUAAAAAUAAAAUUCUCUUUAAUUUGAUCAGUUAUCUCUGUAAACUCUGUAUAUUAUAUUAUUUACAUGUUUGAACAAACUAUCUAAAUUGUAUGUUGUUGACAUUAGACUUCGUUAUUUCUUACAUUACUGUAUAAUAUUUUAUGUUUAAAAAAAUUGUCUUGCAUAUAUUUUUUAUAAACUAUGACUAAGUUGUUCUUCCCAAGUAUUAUAUUAAUAAUAAUUAAUUUAAUAUUUUUAUAAUUUAAUGUUAUUAUAUUGGAAUAUGAAUAUAAUUUAUUAUUUUUAUUCAAUUGUACUUAAUAACUAUUCUAUUAUAAUGUUCUUUAACUAAUUAUUCUGUUUCAAAAUUAAGUUAUAAGUUCACUUAAUUAAAUUAGUUACAUUUAUUCUGUCGAUAAGGGUUAUUUUUUUGUUCAUGGUAUUUUCUAACUAUAAUGCAUCUACUCUAAUAACAAUGAAUUAUAAGUAAAAAAAAGGAUUUAUUGAAUCUGCUUGAAUGUUCUGCUGUGAAAAUAAUAAAAUAUAUAAUAUACCUAUAUCAAGUUCACUGGCUACUGUUCAUACUAUUUAGUAAUUACUAAUCAAUUCAUUCUAGUCAUAAAUUUAUAAAAAUUGUAUAAGCUAGCCAAUAGUCCUAUAUAAUAUAUUGCAUUAAUAUUUUACUGAAUUGUUUAUAAAAAUAAUAUACAAGUCAAUCUAAAAUAUGUAUUUAUGUAUAAUAUGGUGAAUAAUUUAUUAAAAAAAAUGAAUACUUAGUAGGUAGCCAGGUAGGUUAUACAUCUAAUUUACAGUCUUGUUAAGUACCCUUCGAAUUGUGAUUUGUAUAAUUGUAAGGUUUCCACACUUUUAUAGUUAAUGUUAUCCAAUAGGUAAUAAGCAAUAUGUUGUAUUUUUUUAAAAAUGUAAGUUGUUUUCUUUCAAUAAAAAAAACUGGUUAAAAUUUUUUUUUUCCAUAAUAUACAAUUAAAAAACUUACAAAAUGGCUAUUUUAGAAUUUUAGACCAUGGUAAAGGGGAGGCAAUA